AUGGAGCUUGGUCAUCACCAAGAUCAUGCUUUGAACCACCGUGAUCAUAAGUCAGGGAAAAAGGCAAAAGUCAAGGAAGUAAGGAAAAGAGGGAAGGUUGCAGCUAUUCAGGCUAUUCCUAUUCAGGCUGUUCUGACUCCUAUUACUACUGAGGAGCAUCCAGUACCUUUAGUUACAAGAGUUUAUGCAGUUAUCCAACAGGACACAAAGAAGUCUCCAAAUUUGAUCAAAGGUACCAUUUCCGUUGAUGGCCAUGAUUUUGAUGCAUGGUUUGACUCAGUAGCCACCCACUCCUUUACUCUAAGUUUUGUUUCGAAUGGUUUGAACUUUCCUAUGUAUGCAUUUAAGCCUCCUAUAGUAGUGAAGACUGUCACCGGAGAUUUGGUUUCCACUACUAUGAUGUGUAAGGAAGUCAAGUUCAGUUAUGAAGAGAAGGAGUAUGUGGUUGAUCUGAUUGUGCUUGAGGGUAUGAAUCCGCACAUCAUUCUAGGCAUGGAUUGUCUAGUCAGACAUGGAGUUAUGAUUGAUUGUUGUAGCAUGAAGAUUUAUUUCUCUGCUAAGAAUGAGAAGAAUGACUCCUCAUAUUUAUCAGUGUUGCAGAUGAUUAAGGCUCUAAAUACGGGAGAUGCGAGAUAUAUCAUGUGA